AUGGAGCCGUUCGAGUACAACGCCAACCCCGGCCGAGUGGUCUUCGGGCCAGGGAGCAUCCAGAAACUCCCCGACGAGAUCAAGCGGCUAGGCCUGAAGUCACCGCUCCUACUGUCCACCCCUCAGCAAGUUGGUCAGGCGGACGAGCUGGCGAAGAUCCUGACCGGCGCAUCCCUCGAACCGGCCGGGACCUACACCAACGCGACCAUGCACACCCCGUCCCACAUCACCGAGGAAGCCAUGUUGUACCUCCGCGAGAAAUCUGCAGAUUGUGUCGUUUCAAUAGGAGGAGGGUCCACAAUAGGCUUGGGGAAGGCCAUCUCCAUCCGGACGGGCUUGCCGCAUAUCUGCAUUCCAACCACCUACGCCGGAAGUGAAAUGACGCCCAUUCUCGGCGAGACGCAGGACGGCCGCAAGACGACGCGGUCAGACCCCAAGAUCCUUCCAGGCACAGUCAUCUACGAUGUCAACCUGACCAUGACGCUCCCGGCCUCGUUGAGUGCCACGUCUGGCGUCAACGCCAUCGCCCACGCCGUGGAGGCGUUGUACGCGAAGAAUAAGAACCCGAUCAUCUCCCUGCUGGCACUCGAGGGCACCAAGGCUCUGGCGGAGUCACUGCCAGAGAUCAUCAAGGAUGCGCACUCCCAGCCCGCCCGUGAGAAAGCCCAGUAUGGCGCCUGGCUGUGCGGCGUCUGCCUCGGCUCCUCGUCGAUGGCCCUGCACCAUAAACUAUGCCACACGCUGGGCGGUUCGUUCAACCUGCCGCACGCCGAGACCCAUACCAUCGUGCUGCCCCAUGCACUGUCCUAUAAUGCCCCCGCGAUCCCAGAUGCCAUGGCCAAGCUCGCGUCCGUGCUGCCCGGCAGUGACGGCGAUGCCACCAAGGGGCUUAACCUGCUGCUGGAGAAACUCCAGGUCAAGCGUGCCUUGAAGGACUUUGGCAUGAAGGAAGAGGAUAUCGACAAGGCCGCCGAGAUUGCCGUGAGCAACCAGUAUCCGAACCCAAGGAAGGUGGAGAAGGGCCCCAUCCGUGAGCUGAUCCGCAGAGCCUGGGCAGGAGAGCCUGCACGGGCUGACCUAUAG